AUGCAGCCAACCCCUACACUAUCCGCACGCCAGCUAUGGGGCCAGAUCAACACCAGGACAUCCGCUACAGGUACCCGAGAAUGGUGUACACCUGUCAUUUUGCCCACUGGAGGUAUACUCGUUCUAGGCGAAAACAUUUCCACGCGACUGGCCGCUCAAGCGACUUAUCUGCUCCCGUGCAAUAGCGAUGAAUCGAUCAUCAGUCCCGAUACGACAGGCAACUCGACCGUGCUGGGCUUCAGGGAGCCAUUCUAUGCUUCCAUCUCCCCACAGAUCUUCGCGCUCGCCACGGCUACGGUCAUAAGCUAUGUGCUGGUCAUUCUCAUCUUCAUCACGCCUCGGACCUUCUACGUGGGUGGACCUGGCGGCGGAGGCGGCUUUCUAUCGCGACAUGGCCUGUCGACUUCAACAUCAGUGGUUGGUGUAGGGAGGAGGCCGCUGCUGCAGAAAGUUGCUACGAUCGGGGUGGCUACUUCCCUCACAAUCGCCGCUGCGGACACCUUCCAUGUCGCCCAGGAGCAGUACUACCAAGGCUAUCUCGACUCGAGCGCUUUGGUCGAGGACGUCGUCAACACUGUCUUGAUUCGUGUGGUCAGGAUCAUAUCCGACUCGUUCAUCUGGUUAGCCCAGGUCCAGACGCUGAUCCGCCUCUUCCCGCGCCACAAAGAGAAGGUCACCAUCAAGUGGCUCGGCUUUGCGCUCGUCUCCGCCGACAUCAUCUUCAGCAUCCUCGACUCUUUCAUCAGCGACAGUCCUGGGACGAGACCGAGGAGCUUUACGGAUGCUAUACCGGCUCUGAACUAUCUAUUCGAGCUGGCCAUCUCUCUGAUCUACGCCUCAUGUGUGAUAUACUACUCGUUAUCGAAACGACGGUUCGCGUUCUGGCAUCCGAAAAUGAGGAAUAUAUGUUUGGUCGCGUUGAUGUCGCUUAUGUCAGUGUUGAUACCCGUGGUGUUCUUUGUAUUGGACAUAUCGUUACCGAAAAUAGCUGGAUGGGGUGAAUACAUCCGAUGGGUGGGUGCAGCUGCUGCGAGUGUAGUGGUCUGGGAAUGGGUAGAAAGGAUUGAGGCUUUGGAAAGAGACGAGCGGAAGGAUGGCAUCCUCGGUCGUGAGAUAUUUGAUGGUGACGACAUGCUGGAUCGGCCCUCCUCCGACGACAGUGAUUAUCAUCGACGGAGACGUGGCAAGGGAGACGGUGGUGAUCUGGAGAAGGCGGCUGGAAUCAUGUCCCAGAUCAGGCAUGUGCGCAAUAAGCUGCCUGUACGGCGGAGACGGAAGAGACCUGUAGGGCACGACAGCAACAGCAGUCAGGGCCCGCCCACCGGCGGAACAGACACUACAACCGGUGUGCGGCUCGUCCCUCCCAAGCCAGCAGCGUCGCCACCGGAUCGCAGCGAUACCGCAAGCGCCGCUAGCACAGUCUAUGCUGUCCGGUACCACAACCUUACCAGCCCGUCGCCGACGGCUCCGGAGACAGUGCCCGAACAGCCAGAGCCUCCCGCGGACCCAGUCCAGUUGCCUAAGGAUAUCUCGGAUUCGUCGACUGAAGACCAUCCGCCAAUCGUGAAGGAAGUCGAACCUUCAGCGAUUAAAACCACGCAACAGGCACGCAAACCCCAACAAUUCUGGUCUACUGUACCGAAUCCGUUCAAGCGCAGGCGAGCAGAGCCUCCAGCGGAGGUUGCGGGCGCUCAAAUCGCAAGCGGACAACGACGAUCACCCAUCGACCAGACAUUGAAUCUGAAGAAUCGCCUGGGCGCAUUCGCUAUCGCGCAACGGGAUCGAUUCGGACGUAACGGAAGCGGCCCGUCGCCACCUCUACCGAUCAUGGUCAUUCCUGCUCCAAAGGGCCGGACGUGGUCGCCGGAGGAGAUUCGGAACUCGAGCUCGAUCAGCGCAGCGAGUCAGGCACUCGUCCAGCAUGACGAGGAUGGGCAAGCGGGACCAAGCGGCCACAGUCGACAGCCAUCCAGCGCGACGAGCACAAGUGUAUCCAGCAAUAACGUGGUGAUAAUACCGGCGCCACGACGCGGACAGACGUGGUCACCGCCACAGGCAUCUUCGUCAAGUCAGAGUAGGACGCCUACACAGCAGCGGCAGCAGCAGCACAGUAAUGCUCCAACGCCACAACAACAAGAUCGGCAAAGUCCGCCCGUAGCGGGCUCGCCAGUGCCAUCUCUACAGCCCGGGCCCAGCAGCCUACGAGGCGCAUUCGCCGAACAAGGUGCCAUCGAAGGAUCGCCAAGGAGCUCACCUCAGUCACGCGUCCGACGUUCGCCUGUGUCAAGGCGGAACACGCAGCCAAGAAGAACGCCGCCGGCGCAGGUGCAGCAGGCGACGAGAGCGGUCGCUACUGCUUCCCCGUCGGCGCAAGACCGCCCUCCUGAAACUCCUGGCAAUGCGGCUGUGAUUAUUCCAGCACCCAGCACUUCUCCGCCAUCAGCGACGCCUGUCAUCAGCGGUGGCUCAAGAACCGCGACGAGAGAUUUCUUCGUGCAGCAAGGAGAGGCGGGCAAGAAGGUAGCCACACCAGAUCUGGCCCCCUCGGUCCCGCCGGUCGUUCCUGCCACUUCGCCGCCAUCGCUGGCAGCCCAGCGGGAAAAUGCGGCGCAGCAGGAAAGGGGCGGUCCGUCCGACGGUCCAGGUCCCGCGAUAGACGCAGGUGCGCCUGCUGCCCAUGGUUCCCCGGAAGGCACGACUGGUCGUUCGUGA